AUGCAAAUCAGUUUGGAAGACAUCAGUGCUUUAAUGGAUAUAAAAGGGCAUUGCUCCGCCCUCCGCAGUGUAGCUUACUGUUUCACAGUUUCUUCUUCAGUGCUCGUCAUCGUUACCGAUUUGGUUAGACAUCGAUCGCACAUCAUGGUGUCCACCACAGCAUGGAUAAUUGCUAUCGCUUUUCUUGCAACAGGUACAACGGAAAAGACGCCCGCACCCACAGAAACAGAGGAAACGGAGAAUGCUGAAGAUGCAAAAAUGGACGCGCAAGCACCACAGUUAGAUAUGGCAGCGCAGAAACCAGGCUUUGGAGGAAAGCGAAAACAUGGAGACAUGCAAGAAAUGGCGGGAAAUAACAUGGGGAUGCAUGAAAUGAGAAGAAUGCAGAGUAAUGAUAUGGAAACGCAGGGAAUGCAAGGAAUGAAAGGAAUGUCAAAAAAUGGAAUGCAGGGUAUGCAGGGAAUGACACGAGAUAAUAUGGGAACGCAGGGAAUGUCAAGUAAUGGAAGGGAGGGGAUGGAAGGAAUGUCGCGAAAUGAUAUGGAAACGCAGAGAAUGCAAGGAAUGCAAGGAAUGUCAACAAAUGGGAAGGAGGAAACGCAAGGAAAGCCACGAAAUAACUUGGGAUCGCUAGGAAUGAACGGAUGGUCUGGAAAUAGAAUGCAGGAAAGGCAAGGAAUGACACGAGAUAAUAUGGGAAUGCAGGAAAUGCAAGGAAUGCAAGGAAUGUCAACAAAUGGAAUGGAGGAAACGCAAGGAAAGCCACGAAAUAACUUAGGAUCGCUAGGAAUGAAAGGUUGGUCUGGAAAUAGAAUGCAGGGAAGGCAGGGAAUGACACGAGAUAAUUUGGGAACGCUGGGAACGCAGGAAAUGCAAGGAAUGCAAGGAAUGUCAACAAACGGAAUGGAGGAAGCGCAAGGAAAGCCACGCAAUAACUUGGGAUCGCUAGGAAUGAAAGGAUGGUCUGGAAAUAGAAUGCAGGGAAGGCAGGGAAUGACACGAGAUAAUAUGGGAACGCAAGAAAUGCAAGGAAUGCAAGGAAUGUCAACAAAUGGAAUGGAGGGAAUGCAAGGAAUGCCACGAAAUAACUUGGGAUCGCUGGGAAUGCAAGGAUGGUCUGGAAAUAGAAUGCAGGGAAUGCAGGGAAUAACACGAACUAACAUGGGAACACAGGGAAUGCAUGGAACGCCAGGAUCGUAUGGGUUUUACGGGCGACAAGGAUAUCCAAGCCAAUAUCCGCAAACGAGAAUGCAAGGAUACGGUUCUAUGGGACGACAAGGCUGGUCGAAUCAGUAUCCGAACAUGGGAAUGUACGGUAUGCAGGGGCGUAGAAAUGAUUACUAUGGGCAACAUGGGCAGUAUGGGCAGUAUGGGCAGUAUGGACAGUAUGGACAGUAUGGACAGCAUGGACGGUAUGGGCAGCGUGGGCAAUAUGGGCAGUACGGGCAGAGUGGCAAAGAUCGGAUAAGCUCGGGUAUGGGCUUCAUGUCAAUGAUGGACCCUAAUACGCAAGGCGCAAGGAAUAUGGGUCAGCAUGAUUACGGUCGAAUGCAAGGAGGGAACAUGGUGAAUAAGAGAAUGUUCAAGAGCUUAAAUGCUAGAGCAAUUAAGGUGGCGACUAACCCAACAACUAAAGCGACUGAGAAGACGGCCAGUUAAAUAGCAAUUUUGCUAAACUAUGGUUGCC